AUGGUGGCCCCUCUCCUCGGGUUCCAAGUUGAAGUUGCUAGCACGUCCCAGAUACACAACCAUUCUCAAACAUGCACGAACACAGCUCUCGCGGUGUUCGUGGCGACGAUCGUGGCGACCGUGGUCGUCGUGCGCGCAGCGAAUGGCCACAUAGACCCCUCUCCUCACUUCGCGGAGGACCACCCAAAUGUCACGUACCUCACGGACCACAAUUUCAACAAACUCGUUGCCAAAGCUCCUCUCGACGCCAAACCGUGGAUCAUCGACUUUUACCAUCCGUACUGCCCCCAUUGCAAGCAGUUUGUACCUGUCUUCAAUAAAGUUGCAGCGCACUACAAAGGACGCGACCUCAUCAACGUCGGUGCGAUCAGUUGCAUGGACUGGGAACAAUGCGCCAUCUACAAGGUCAAGGGGUUUCCCUCACUCAGCUUGUGGAAUUUCGACAAGAACAUGAACUUUGAAAACCGACGGGCGAUCGGUGAACACACAUUUGACGAAGUGCUCGGCUUGGUCGCGGAAAUGUUUCGCGAACAAGUGUUCAAUGAGACGGGGGAAUGGCCGGCAGAAGGCACGACGACGGCGCCGCCACCCGUUAAAGCCACAACCACUCUGCGCCCGUUGUGGGAAGAGUCCACACUGCCGUCGAACGCGACGACGCGUGUACUGGACGCCGCGUCCGCGUUUGUCUUUGGUAUGCGGGAGAGUGUAUUCACCGGGCGGAAAACUCUCGAAGACGACGAGUUGGACGCACUCAAGGAGUGGCUACAUAUUGUGUCGCUGACGUUUCCAGGGGAAGCGUACCGCCAAUUGCUGUCAAACUUGUACAAGCAAGUGGCCAGCGUCUCGCUGCUCACGAAAGACAAGUGGAACGGCAUCUUCCAGGGAUGGCAGGACCACACUUCGUUGCUCCACGACGUCUACAUCAAGUCGGUCCACGCGCCCGAGGAAUGGGAGCUCCAACCGACGCUGUUUCAAGGACAUGGAACCACAUACUACGCGUGCGAGUUGUACACGUGCGGCCAAUGGACCAUGUUUCACUUGAUGACGCUCAUGGUCGGUCCUGCCGCCAGCGACGAGCUCGCGAUAUCUGUGGUCAUGGCGAUCCGUCGCUUUGUCCGGCACUUUCUCACGUGUCUUCCGUGCCGCAAGCACUUUUUGGCGUACAACACGCUCGAACUGGUCGAGAACCUCAGCAAGGAACCCAACAAACCCCGCGCGUUGUAUCUGUGGCUGUGGAAGAUGCACAACAUUGCAAACAAGCGCAUCCGCCAUUACCAGUGGCCCAAGCCAGACAAGUGCGCCGCGUGCGGCGUCGAAGACAAGUGGCACAUGGAGCAAGUUGAGCACUGGCUCAAGAAAACGUACGGGUUUGAAGCGUUCAAGCCGAAGCCAGUCGUCACGGUGGCCCCGUCAACGACCGCACCGCCCGUUGUCCAUGAUGCCAUGUCGGAGAGAGACAACUUGAACCACCAGCCACCGGUCGACGCGACGACAAUUCCCGUCAUCGGCCUUGCUAACCACGCGCACGGAUGGCGCGAGCGCGUGAAGCAGCCCGAGAUAUCGGUCUAUGCAUGGUACCUCCUACCUGUGAUGGCGUUCGUGGCAUUUUUCGCCUUGCGCCACAUGCGCUCGGCCCACCGCCACGGCACGCACUUCCGCGCCGUCUAGUGGAUCUCGCUGUAUGUAGACAUGACAGAUGAAUUGUUCGAGUAAUGAUGCGUUUGCACUCUUUUGUCGGACCGGCGAGUGGCCAAGUACGACGUCAUGACGACUGGGUCGACUUUGCUUCGUGUUCUUUCGAUCAGGCCACGCCGAU